UUUAUAUAAGUUUUACAAUAUUUUUAUGAAUUAAAUUAAUUAUUAUUAGGUAUUAAAAUUUUUAAAAGUUAAAUAAUAUUUUAUUUUUGUAAUAAAAUGUUAUUAUUAAAUUUUUCAGUUUUAUUUACGAAUCAAAUCGGAUAUUCUUUAAAAUUUUAAAUCAUUUCGGAUAUCACAGUCACUGAUCCAGUGGCAAAAGAUUGAAUCAAUAUGAAUGCCUCCAAAUAUUCGGAUAUUCGAUUUGUGCCCACGUCUAUUUAUGAAUAUAAUUUAUUUUCUUUAUAUGAAAAAAAUUCACUAAUGUCAAGGCCGUUUUAAUUUUUAAUUUUUAAUUAAUUUUAAUUUUAUCUUUCAUGUAUUAUUUUAAAUAAAAAUAUCAUUUAAUAUUAAUUAACAAUAUCUUUAUAUAUUUGUCAACUAUUUUUAUAUACUUUUACAUACACAUAAAUGUGCACCUUGACGUGAACACCUUGCAACUAAGUAUUUACCACAACUGAAGUAUCUAUUUUAUUUUUUGGAAGUUGGAAUAUAUAUUGUUUUUCUUAAUGCUUCUUUCACUACCGACCAAAUUGUAGUGAAAUAAUUUGUCUUAAUAAUUUUUUUUUUCUUGAACUAUUAUCCGUUUACAAACUAUGAUAUGAAGCCUUGGUUCGACAUGACGACUAUCUAAAAUUGAUAACAUGAAAAAAAUAAUAGUAAUGUUUGGUUUUAACCGAAAAAACUAAAAAAUCAAAAUUCUAACCGAAUAAACCAAAAUAUGUAUUAAUUUAAAAUAAUAGUUAUAUUUUAGCAGAUUAAAAACCAAAAACUAACUUAAAACUGAACCGAUAUCCAGAUUAAACAUAUUUAAUAUGUUUUUAUUAAAAAAUAACGAAACUAAUAAUCACAUUCCGCGUAAGGCGCGGGUUAUUACCUAGUUUUGUAUUAUUUGACAAGUUGAUCAACAGCUCAACCACAGUCUUUCUUUUAACUUGUUAAUUUUGGUCCGUCGUCAGUGUGCCACCUACGACUUUGUCGAACAUGACACAUAUACACAUUAUAUGCUAUAUUUGCUAUAUUUUUGUAAGACUUUUUUAAAAUGUUAAGUUUCAUAUUAUUGUUGAGAUUUCUGACCAAAAACGAAGAAGCACAGAGAGACCAAGAUCUACAAAGAUAAACAAACAACAAAAAGGCCAUAAAACCGAUCAAUAAAACCAAGAGAAAGAACACUUAUUGGUGGGGAAAAUACAAAAUUAUAAAGAGUCACUUAGCUCGAUUACCAAAUGUAACUUCCAAACUCGCAAUAAUUUUGGUCAAAAAAAAAAACUCGCAGUUACCAACAGCAAUCCAAAACUAACGCUCAAGACCUUAUUAGAUCAAGCAGCACAUACCACAUUUUUUUAAUACACAACUGUGAUUAAAAAUUAUACAAAAAUAAAAUAAUCAAGGAUGAAAUUCUCUUUAAAAAAUCAGUUGUAAACUACAGACGGCUUUGCGAGAUGAUACAAAGAGCAAAAGAUGAGAUCAGAUCGGAGCUACUGGAGAAGCCGUUUCUGACCCUCAAUUCCAAGCUCGGUUGUAGUUAUAUGCUGAAAAUAAUGUAUAUUAAGCCAUACAAUUUUGAAGAUCUAAUACACAUAUUUUGUUUAGCUAUGCAUGAAACUGGUCGUGGCUGUCAUAUCAAGCGAUUUGGUGUGUAACCUUCAAGCGAAUCUUGAAAUUAUAAUUUAUGCGACUAUGCUAUUUUGAAAUUGUUAAACUAUAUCAAAAAUAUUUGUGUGAUGGUUUCAAAAUUACUAUUAUAGUUUCUAAAUAUGUAGUGAUCAGAUCUAACUUUUUAUAUAAGAAAAUAUAUACUUCUUAUAAAUACGUAUGUAUACUACUGAUCACUAUUGAGAGCACACAUGACAAAGAAACAACAAUUAUCAAAGUGACACUGAAAAUAUAUACUCCCUAAGUUUCAUAAAAAAUGUCAAAUGUCACUUUAACAUUUUUCACAUAGAUUAAAAAAUGAUUAAAAUGCAUUUAAGUUUUAUUAAUUACACAUAUUAAACCAAUAAUAUUCAAGAUAAAUGAAAUUAUUUAUAAAAUUAAUGUAUUUGUAAUUAAUAUUGAACAGAAAGUUGCAAAUGACAAUUUUGUAACAAACAAAUGUUAAAUUAACACUUAACAUGAAACAAAACAGAAAGAGUAUAGUUUUAAAACUCGUUUUCCGUGUAACUUUGUUUUUAGCGCCAACUUAAUUAAUUAUCAAGAUCUGAUCUCUGCUUUUAAUUAGAUCAAUAUAUAUAUAUAUAUAUAUAUUAAACAUUUUUUUGUUAAAUUAAUAAUCAUGUUUUUCCCGUUUUGUGUUACAUUCUAUAGGUUAAUUUAAAAUAAUUUCAUCAUGAUUUUGUUUUAUAUGAAAAAAUUGGCAACAUCUUUUGUACUGUCCCGUGAACCCACCGGGCAGUUUCAUAUCGCUAUCUUCACUUUUGCUCUCUAAAACUUCAUUAUUUGUUUUUAUAGGCACAAAUAGAUUUGUUUUCUUAUUUUCAUUUUGAUUAUUUUAAAACCCCACAUCUGCGACCAAGUCCCUCCUCAGUCUUUAUAUAAACAUCUCUUCUCUCGACAACUUGGUAUCAAAUUACAAGUUAAAAAAAUAAAAUUAAAACCUAAAAAUAACAUAUGGGUGUGUCAAGUGAUACGGUGGAGAAAUCCGAUCUUCAGCGACCGUUAGUGGAUCCGACAAACUCGGAUCCAAAACCACCCAAAGAUGUCGGACUCGAGAGCGUUUUAACGGAUAGUAGCCUUUCGUGUCGGAGGCGCGUGUACUUAGGCGCGUGCAUAGAGUUGAAGGUACUCUUCAGGUUGGCACUUCCGGCGAUACUUGUCUAUCUAGUCAACAGCGGAAUGAGUAUCUCCGCUCGUAUAUUCUCCGGACAUCUCGGCGGUCAAGAACUCGCCGCCGCAUCCCUCGGAAACAGCUGCUUUUUUCUCGUCUACGGCCUCAUGUUAGGCAUGGGCAGUGCAGUCGAGACACUAUGUGGACAAGCAUAUGGAGCCCAACGGUACGAUAUGCUUGGGAUCUAUCUCCAACGAGCAACAAUUGUCCUCGCUUUAGUGGGUUUGCCCAUGACAGUGCUAUACACCUUCUCAUACCCGAUCCUACUCAUAUUAGGCGAACCCAAAUCAGUGUCUUACAAGGCUUCUUUGUACAUCGCUGGACUCCUCCCUCAAAUCUUCGCCUACGCCGUCAACUUUACGGCCCAAAAAUUCCUCCAGGCCCAAAGUGUGGUGAUUCCCAGCGCGUACAUCUCAGGCGCCGCCCUUCUCCUCCAAAUCUUGCUGACGUGGUUUGCCGUUAACGUAAUGGGCAUGGGCCUUAUUGGAAUCGCUUGUGUUCUUACAGUCUCAUGGUGGGUGAUGGUUGUGGCCCAGACUUUGUAUAUAACGUGUAAUGAAAGGUUUAAACACACGUGGACUGGACUUAACUCGAGAUCGUUCCAAGGUCUUUGGAGUUUCUUUAAACUCUCUGUUGGGUCUGCUGUUAUGAUCUGUCUGGAAAUGUGGUACUCACAGAUUCUUGUUCUUCUCGCUGGUUUGCUUGAGGAGCCUGCUCUCUCUCUAGAUUGUCUCUCCAUCUGUAUGGCAGUUUCAGCAUUGUCCUUCAUGGUUUCUGUCGGCUUCAAUGCGGCUGCAAGUAUACGAACAAGUAAUGAGCUCGGAGCAGGGAAUCCAAAAUCAGCUUUGUUCUCUACAUGGACGGCGACUUUUGUUUCCUUCGUGAUCUCCGUUGGGGAGGCGCUCAUCCUAAUGGCGUCACGUGAUUACAUCAGCUACAUCUUCACGUCGGACGCUGACGUGGCUAAGGCCGUCUCUGACCUCUGCCCUUAUCUUGCUGUCACAGUCAUUCUCAACGGAAUCCAACCCGUCUUGUCCGGAGUGGCAGUAGGAUGUGGAUGGCAGACCUUCGUAGCAUAUGUAAAUGUUGGUUGUUACUAUGUUGUUGGUAUUCCCAUUGGUUGUGUUCUCGGUUUCACUUUCAAUUUGCAAGCCAAGGGAAUAUGGACCGGGAUGAUUGGAGGUACCCUCAUGCAAACUCUCAUCUUACUUUACGUCACGUAUAGAACAGAUUGGGAUAAAGAAGUAGAAAAGGCGAAGAAACGAUUGGAUAUGUGGGACGACAAGAAGGAUGCUGUCCAAAACUAGUUAUAUAGUAAGUCCGAAGGAGUGGAAGGCAAAAAAAAAAAAAGAAAAAGAAUAGCAAGUGUGUGGUCUGUGGAGGUGGUUUGAUGAAAAGAAGAUCCUUCUUUUUAAAAGAUUUUAGAAGUUGUAGAAUAGAAUAAAACUAUUCACAAGUCUUUGGGAAAACAUUGUUGGCUAAUUUGAUGGAUGGUUUCCUCAAUCUGUUAAAGUUUGUUUUCAAAUUGUCUGUUAGUACUUCAUGAUCGUUCGGAAGUAUUUAUUCAGGAAUUCAUACACAAUACUAGAUCAUCUAUAAUGGAGAUGUUUGAUAAGAGAUUUAACAUCUGAAUGACUACAAUUAACAUGUUGCAUAAUAAAAUUUGAUAAUAUA